AUGGGGGAGGGAUUUACCGGGAGCGUGUGUGCGGGGAAAUUGCUCCCUUCCCUCUCGACCUCUCUCGAGGACAUCUUUACCCACUGGGAAAAAACUCCCUCGAAUUCCAGGAGAAGAAAGGUGAGUGAUGAGGAGGCAGCCAUCCCAGAAAAGAUCAGAGUUCCUGAUCCUGUGAGCAGCUCUGAGAGCUCAGAGAAGGAAGAGGAUGAGAAAGAGAAGGCGAAAGCUGCAAACGCAGCCAGCCUUUCCCUGGCCACGAACUCAGGAGUGAAUGUAGAAAGCAGUGAAGAUGAUGACUCCUCAUCAGAAGAGGAGACGUCAGCUGGAAAAGGUGCAAUUACGGUGACACCAGCUGUGGCGAGUGGCAAAGCUACCAACUCCCUGCAUUCUCCUAACAAAGCCAAUGCCCCGGCAGGCAAAGCAGCGGCGCUCUCUGCUGCGAACAGAACUGUGGUCUCAAAUAAGCAGCAGCCCAAUGCACCAGCUGCAUCUGCAGCUCCGGCCAAGGCUGGGCAGAAACUGCCCGGUCCUGAGAAGCCUGCACAUGCUGCAACAGCUGUGGCCAAAGUAGGUCAAAGCAAAGCACCAGUAACAACCAAAGCACCGGAAAGUUCCAGCAGCAGCUCCUCAUCAGAGAGUGAGGAGGAAAAAGAGACGCCGACUGCGAAGGCUCCAGCCCCCAAAGUGGAGCCGAAGCAGGCAGCUGGGGCCGCUGAGAGCAGCAGUGAGGAAUCAAGUGAUGAGACAUCCUCUGAGGAGGAGCUUGCAACUCCAGUGGCCCAGGCAAAACCAGCUGUGAAAACAGUGCAAGUUAAUGCAGCACCUGUGAAAAGUGCACCUGCUGCUCCAGUGUCCCUCAAGAAGAGUGCAGCGAGGCAAACGGCCCUGGCACCAAACCAGGCCAAACCCACAUCCACAACGGUUCCUGCAGCUGCAAAGCCCGAUGACACAUCAGAGAGCAGCGACUCAUCAGACAGCGAAGAUGAGGAACCUCCAUCAGUAACCCAAACAAAGCCACUUCCAAAAUCCUCCCAGGCUAUCCCAUCCCCAGUGAAACCUACACCAGCAGCACCACUCUCCAGCAAAGCAGCUCCAGCAAAAACACUUCCGCUGUCCCAAGGGAAGCCAGCACCAAAACCAGCAGUGCCAAAGCAGGCCAAAACCACACAGGGAAGGACUGCUGCUCCCACGAAGCCUGCUGAAAGUAUGAAGCCAGUGGAGAGCUCUGACUCCUCAGGCAGUGAAGAGGAGGAUCUCCCUGUGCCUGUCAGCCAGAAGAGGUUAACAGAACAGCCUGGGCCUGUUCCCAACCUGAGCCAGGCUGCUAAGGCUGGGUUGCCUGACAAAGCAGUGGGAAGCACCUUGAAGAACCAGGCCUCAGAAAGUGGGAGCAGUGACUCGUCUGACAGCGAAGAGGAGUCCCCUGCAGCACAGACACAGCCUGCUUUUCCUGCAGUGAAAAACAAUGUUGUCCCCCAGCCAACAAACGCGAAGAAGGCACUGGCUCCAGCACCAGUGCCAGCCCCUCCACCCGUGGACAGCAGCGAUGAUUCCAGCGAGACAUCGGAUUCAGAGGAAGAAAUAGUCCCACCUUCGCAGGACCCCACUCCUCCUUGCCUGAAGCAAACAGUUCCUGUGGGAAAAGCUUCUCCAGCCAACACUGCUGCCCCGCAGGCUGCUUCGCUCCUGGGAAGUCCCACUGCCAAGUCGAGGAAGCCAAGCCUGCAGCCAGCGCAGGACGCUCGGCUGAGCCAGGCCGCGCCACCUGCCCAGGCAGAGGAGACCUCGGACAGUAGCAGUUCCUCAGACAGUGACGAGGAGGAGGAGGCACCCAAGCAGCUCCCCAAACCUGGCUCGCUGCAGAAACCAGGAGGGACCCAGCCAGCCCACAGCUCCUCCUCAGAGUCCAGUGAGGAGGAGGAGGAGGCAGCAUCGCAGUCCCUCCUCACAGGCUAUCUGGGCCUCUCCAGGACCCCAGCAGCACCCCAGGCACCAAAGACGGUUCCCCCCGAGCCUGUAGGCAAAGCGGGGCAAGGGAAAGCAGCCGUGACUGCUCCAGACUCCCUCGCCAAGGCCUCUGUGAAGGCAGCCCCAGCUGAUAGCUCCAGCAGUGACAGCAGUGACUCCGACACAGACAUUGACCAGGUGGCUGCAAACCACAAAGCAGAAAACAACCCCCCUCCAGGGCAGGAAGCCACAGGAGCCUCCAACAAAGAGAAGGUGGCAGGAAAAACAGAGCCAGGUCAUGCCAGCCUCAAACCUUCCCCAGUCAAGAAAGCCCUGGCCGUGAAAGAGAAUGACAUUGGGGCAAAAGGGGCACAGGUGACCCCAGCAUCAUAUGCACUGUUCUCCAUCCCACAAUCAGAGGAGACAAGCUCAGGGAGUGAAACCGAGGUCACCACUGCUGCCAAAGUUCCUGCAGUGCAAACACUGGAAGGGUUGGAAGAGAAGAAGAAGAAGAAGAAAAAGGAGAAAAAAGAAAAGAAGGAAAAGAAGAAAUCUUCCUCCACGGCAGACAAGGCUGGGAAGACAUCUAAGAGCAAAGACAAAGAGAAUAAGAAGCAGAAAACAUCUCAGAAGCGGAAACUGCCGGGAGAGGAUGGGGCUGUUGGGCAGCCCAAGGAGAAGAAGCGGAAAGGGCAAGCUAACGAAGAAGUACCCAAAAAGAAAAAGAAGAAAGCAGCUAGUGACCUGGAGAAGUUGCCAGGCAGCAAGGAAAAGAAAAAAUCGGCUAAAAAAAAAAAGGCUGGAAAAGAAAAGAAGAAGAGCAAAAAGGUGUCUUCAGAAGGGGAGCCUAUAGCAGAUGGCUCUGCUGAGGUUCACAAGAAGAAGAAGAAGAAGAAGAAAACAGCUGAGCCUGAAGGAUUGUGA